AUGAAUGAAGAUGAAAAGAUUGGUGGUUUUCCUGUCUUUCCAGGUGAAUAUGAAGAUUUUGCAUUUUGCAUUAACUCAUGUGAGUUGUUUGACAUCAAUUAUAAGGGGAGUCUGUUUACUUGGUGGAAUAGGAGGGCAGGUAGUGACUACAUUUUCAAGAGGUUGGAUAGAAUGAUUGCAAACUCCGAACUAAAGGAUUGGUUUGCACAUAUGGAAGUGGAACAUUUAUCCAGAACUGGCUCAAACCAUCCCCCUUUAUUACUUACUUGUGGUGAAAUAUCAUAUCACAUAAGGAAGCCUUUCAGAUUUCUGAAAUUAUGGACAGAACAUGAAUCAUUCUUAGAGGCGGUUAAUAAGGCAUGGAGCACAGAUUUUAAAGGUGAUGAGUUUAUCAGCUUUAAGUUAAAGCUGAAGAAUGUGAAAACUGCAUUAUAUGCAUGGAGUAAGGCAACUUUUGGUGAUAUUUUCAAGAAGUUAAUAGUAAGGGAAGAGGUGGUGAGAAUUAAUGAACAACUAUUUGAAGAGGAUCCUUCUCCUAUGAACAGGAUGGUGCUACGGAAAGCACAAUCAGAAUUGAAGAAGUAUGCUCACUAUGAGGAAGAAUUUUGGAGAUAA